AUGAAGCAUCUGUCAGCAAAACAAAGGGAAGAAUGUAUUGAAUAUGUAAAACGAAAAAUAUUAUUUUUUGAUAUUGAUCAUCAUGUUAAAUCACCUUCAAGCAAGAAGCCAGUUUCAUUAUCAACAAGUACCUCAUCUAUAUAUAUCACAGAUUUUUAUUUAAAUACAGAAAUAUAUGACGGAGACUAUGCUGAUCAAUUUCAUUCAUCAGAAGCUUUAUCAGAUAUAAUCGAAAUUGACUUAUAUUUAAAGCAUGGCACAGAUAAAACGACAUCAGUAACGAAUUCUGGUCAAGAAGUUGAAAAAUAUAAUCCAUUAUGA